GUGCCUGAGGUGAAGGUACUCGAUACCUGACGGGUCAUUCUACUGGCAAAAAGUUGCUCGGCAAACGUGGUCAAACGCUUCCUACUGUUUACGCCCGAUAAGGAUCUAGUGAAGAAUUUACACACAUUUCGAGUGUUGGUUAACAAAUUUUUGCUUACAGAAACGUUUUAUUUUCAGAACACGAUGACCUACCCGAGAUACUUAUAUUUUGUCUCACUGCUGUUUACAAUGGUGGUGUUGGGUGGGAGCCAGACUUCGAGACCUUCGUCGUUGGGGUGCAGCUACGAACCCGAUCGCCUCAACAUGAUGUGCAGAAAUACCACUUUAGAUAACAUUAUCCACUCUGUAAGGAUUCUAGAUGCUGCGGCAAACGCCAGUAUACAAACUAAGUCUAUAGAAAUAACGGAUUCAGUGGUUCCUCAUCUUCCUUACAUUUUUCCAUCCUUCAAUACCAGUCUCGAAUCCUUAUCGCUAACUCGUUGUCGGAUGGAGUUCGUCUACCCCGACGCAUUCUCCAAAUUGGGCGAGACCCUUAAAAUGCUGAAUCUCUCGCAGAACAAAUUGCACGCUGUGCCAUACGCUCUUUCUGUGUUGAAGAAUUUGAAAGUGUUAGAUCUAAGUGACAAUCAAAUAGUUUUUCUCAGGCCCAGCCCCGUCUUCGAUGGAUUGAUAAACCUGAGAGAAUUGAUCCUGGAUAGAAAUUUCUUAGGAUUAUCCUCCCGACACGUGACAGACGUCAGACACCCGAAUUUUUCAGAGCCUCUUGCCAACCAAACUCGCUUGUUAGCCUCUAAUAUAGGGAGAGAAGAUUUUGAUUUGGGUGUCACUGUCAAAACCUUAAUCAAGUUGAGUUUAAAGGGAAAUAAAUUGGGUAAAGUUCCGGACGAAGUGUUCAAGACGUCAUUUCCAUCCUUGCGUUAUAUCGAUCUUAGUCAUAACUUGAUCCAAGCUCUUCCCGAAUUCAGCAACCAUCUUUUACCCAAGUUGGAAGUUUUGUUGUUGAAUUCAAACUUGAUACAAAGCGUGGCCUUUUAUUCGCUUCCGGUUAAGCUGUCUCAUCUAGAUCUUUCAGAUAAUCCUUUCGAAUGCAAUUGCGAAGCUCUUUGGCUUUACGAAUGGCAUCAUCACAGUAACAAUACCGUACUGCUUCCUGCUUGUCAGUCUCCGAAGCACAAUAGAGGACUACAUCUUUCUUCUAUAGAACAACGACGUUUGUGUCCGGAAGAGAAGAAUUCUGUCAGGUAUAUCCACAAAAGUACGUGGAAAUACAGAAUUUUAGCAACUACUACCACUUCACAUUCUAUAAUCGUCACCUGGGUGGUAGAACGAGAAGGUUUCGAUUCUUGGGGUCUCGUUUAUCGUCGAGCUACCGACAGCCCUUAUCAAUUGAUCCUUAGCAACGACCACAGAAUUAUCAAACACUCUUCGGAGGGACCCAAACGAGAAGUAGUGUUUCGCGAUCACAUCGAAAAGUUGGAUCCCGCCACAACUUAUAUAAUCUGCGUGGCCAUAACGCAAAAUAAAAAGUAUCUGAUGGAACCUGCCAGAUGCCAUAAAAUAACUACCGAACCCUCCGUAAAACAAAAAAGCCCUAAAUUUGCUAUUGUUUUAACUGGAAUAUCUACAACAGAAAGGACAAUCGCAGUUAAAUGGCACGUUAUUACGGAAAACAGAACAGAUACGUCAAUAGAUGCUAGAGAACUCAUUUGGAAGUUAAGCAUUCGUCGUUUCGCUACAUUAAAUGUCACACAGAUGAUCGUAAAAACGCCUUUCGUUCCUCGUUCGGAUAAAAAUCACGAAUAUAUCGUAGAUAACUUACAGCCGGGUUUUGGGUACACGGUUUGUCUAGAAUCGGGUUCGGUAGUAGAAGGACGUGACGCAAUUAAUAUUCCAUCUUAUCCAAUCGGGACGGUGAAUCAUAAAACGGAAAACGUCCUUUGCAAAGAAGUAACGACUGUGGCAGAAGAAAAUUUGCCAAUUACGGAAAUAGCAGUCGCAACCACGGUUUCUACCACAACCACAGUUUUCGUGGCAGUUAUCAUAUUCUUCUGUUGUCCCAAAUCGAUUUUCCAGUGCCGUGCCAAAAAACUGAAGGAUAAGUUAUUGAAGAAGGAACAUAAAUCUCCUCUGGAAGAAGAAGAUAUAGUAUCUAAUAAUUUAAAUGAUGAUAAAAAAGUAGAAAUAGAGGGUAACAUGGAGCCAAAUUCCAAUUUGCAAAAUCUUCGUUACUUUGGUUCGACGUUAGGAAGUCAAAAAAAGAAAAUAACCCCGGUGGGUAUACCUCAAGUUCCUUCGAUAAGUCCUCCGGUUGUUCCUCCUCCGUUGAAUAUUUCCGAAAUCCCCCCUUUAGCGAGUACUCCCGAAGUCCUGGCUCCACAAACCGAAACGCAAUCCCCCGCAGACGAACCUACGCCACCCACAACCGACGAAUCAUCAAAUUACACAUUGUCUCCGGAUUACGAAGAGUCGGUGCAGUCGACCGAACAGGAAUCUAACGAGACAAACGAAGACGAAGGUUAUCUCACCCCAAAAACGUGGAGGAAAAAUCGCAAAAAUAGAGUCUCCAGUUUCAAUAACGGCGAAGGAUACAUUCAUCCGAAAGAUAUACACUACUUGGGAGGAAGAAAAGUUCAAGUCUUCAUUAGAGGCUCGCGCACGUUACCGCGAAAAGCCUUGGUACAGCCUUCGAGCAACGAGCCUUGCGUCUUUCAUCCUCGUUACAGUUUGCCUCACGCCUGGAGGAGGAAAGCGAAAGAAUCGAACACGCAGCAAACCGAAGAAAGCUCCAAUACGGCGGCGUUGUGGUUUAAAUCCGGUUCUAGCGAGGACUUUUCUUCCUUGAGGAUGGACAGGAAAGAUUCUAGGAAGAGUGGCAAAAAUGAUCCUAAAAAUCCUUAUUGUAUAGAACACGUGUAAAAUAUUUCAUCUGCGUAAAAUCACCAUUUGAUGAGGAAGAGACUUUUUAAUGUAAAUUUUAUUUAUGAGACUGGGAAUCUCUAUUAACAUAUUUUUUUAC